AUGGAUGCGAGGCGUAGAUCUUCGACAUCGCCUGGCGGUGGAGGUGCGAAUGCUACCACCGACCCAGAUAACCAGUCUUCGGCGUCUAUCGAUUUGAAGUCUCAUAGCUCGUACGACGAAGGUGACACACCCAUACCCCUUUCGUUUUGGCUGAAGUCCAUCUCGCUAUUUUUCCUUUUGACUCUGAUGUCUUCUUCCGUAUAUCGCCCAUGUUUGUCAAGCACCGACAGGAAUGUGACCCCUGCUCCACAUCAGUUCAUUGGAGCCAAUGCAAGACGUCACCUGCAGAAAGUUACUUUCCUCGGAUCCAGAACCUCAGGGUCGCUUGCUAAUGAAGUCCUUGCUCCGGAAUACCUCCUCAGUGAACUGUAUGACAUUGCGCGGUUAGGCAAGAGCAACGGAGCCGAUAUCUUCGUUGAUGAACAAUUAUCUUCUGCUGCCUCGUUCCGAACGGGUUAUGCUGUACAAAGUUACAAAAAUGUGAAAAACCUAUUAAUUCGCUUCCAUAACUCGUCCUUAUCAAAUCACACAACUGCCUUCCUUGUUAACUGCCACUAUGAUUCUUUUCUUGGAAGUCCAGGAGCCACAGAUACCUUCGUCAAUUGUGCCAUCUUGCUUGAAGCAGGACGAGCAAUUGCAACGGGCAAAGUUCAGUUAGUGAACGAUCUUAUUUUUCUCUUUAACGGUGCUGAAGAAAGUGGCCUUUUGACAAGUCACGCUUUUGUAACCCAGCACCGCUGGUCUAAUGAUGUGAAAUCAUUUUUAAACUUGGAGGGAACUGGUGCUGGUGGUCGCCUGUUUGUCUUUCAGUCCAGCUCUGAUGAAAGUUCGCAAUUACUUCUCGGCACCUACGAAAGUUGUUUUCAUUACCCAUAUGCGGAUGUGUUUGGUGAAGAGAUCUUCCAGUCAGGGCUUAUCCCUUCGGAUACUGACUUUAGGAUUUUUCGUGAUUUCGGGUUUGUACCUGGGCUGGAUAUGGCCUAUGUUCGAGACGGCUACGCUUAUCAUACACCUUUCGAUACCGAAGCACGCAUUUCAGAGGAAUGCCUGCAGCAAAACGGAGAGGAAAUCUUACGGUUCUUGUCGGCGGUUGGUGGAGAUAAGCGAUUAGAAUCAGUUUCUAAGUUGAAGUCAGUCAACGAUACAGGCUUGCCAUCAUCUGGCCCCCCUCUGAACGAGUUAUCGUCUACUAAGAUUUCACGAUCUCAGCUUCCAAAACCUAAAGUACAGACCUCUGCCCACCAUCGUCACGUGUAUUUUGAUAUUCUGGGGAUCAAGCUGUUCGUUGUGAGCUGGACACGAUGGAAGCUCUUCAAUUGGUUCAUUUCCCUCCUUGUUUGUUGUCGCUUGUGUUUCAUACGAGGAUCCCUUCCAUCACGUUGGGUCGGUUUGGGGAUUUCCCUUGUGCUUCAUUGUCUAAGUCAGGCUCUUGGUUUAAUUUUUUCUCUACUGUUGGGUUUUGUUGUGCACAGCUUUGGAUUUCGCAUGUCUUGGUACUCGAAUCAAUACAAUGUUGUCGGUUUAUAUAUCCUACCUCUCUUGUGUUGGUUUAUUUGCUAUUCAACUUGGUUCUUCCACACAUUACAUCGUCACAAUGGUUUGCUCCGUAAGAUCUGUGCAUAUGCUAAGUGGUCGGUUACAGGGGAUCGACGGUGGAAUUACGCUCUUAUUGAAGCAGAUUUCUUCGAUGCUGCCACCCUGUUGCUGACUGUUUUGGUAAGUGUACUGACUGUUCUUGAUCGACCGGCAGUUUUUUUGUUCACCUUGUGGCUUACUUCGACGGUGCUGGGUAGAUUCACGUACAAGUUUAUCUUUUCCGGCUCAACUUUCUCCUCUUUAUCCAAUUUCCUUCUAACCCUGAUGCCCACACUUACCUUAUGGCAUGUAUAUUUCAGCAGAACCAUAUUAGAAUUCUUCAUCCCGGUGUUUGGGCGAUCUGGGCAUUUAGUUCGUCAAGAUGUCUUGAUGAGUGGCUUCGUUUUUUUCUGUGUUGCUCCAGUUGCAUUGUUCAUCCUUGGCCCACUACACUGCUCAUCAACCAACUGUGGAAAGACACUCCGCCUCCUGUUUUUAAAUGCUUGCGUUACAUAUGCUGUGCUUGUACACUCCUCUUCGUACGGCUUCCCAUAUACAUUCACCACCGGAGGGAAUAUAAAUGAUUCUUCUGUUAGUCCCCGCUUUCAGCGGCUCUCUGUUUUCCACAUCGAUCGUACAUUUCAUGGUUCACUUGGAUCCAAAGAGUUGGAAGGCCAGGAAAGUUUUAUCACCAUUUUAGCGUGGGAUGGCAACGGAAUACAAUAUCUGAAACCCCAAACUGGUUUGAAGUUUUUGGAUGACAACGAGAACGGAAAGCCCAACGGUUUGAGGGAGUUACUUGAGGCAACACCUGCUUACUGCAACUUUUCUCUUCCCUAUUGUGGCAUUCCUUUUUUCCGCCCAUUAUUCCACUUUUUUACGGACUUUUAUCAUAUCCCGGCUAAACAACAUGGGUCGAAGCCAGUGGCUCAACUUGAUGUGAUUUCUCGAAUACCCUUGGCUAGUUCUCAACUCCAAAGUGGCCGAGUUGCCUGGAAUUUUACAUUUUCGCUGCGGCCUGGUCCUCCACAGACACCAUUGGCACUUCGUUUUGACGUACCUCACGUGCGAUUGUUGAACUGGUCUUUCGCGGUAGAUACAUCUGUUCCGGUGCCGGUGCCACUCACGAAAUCUCCAUCCGAUCCUCAUGUGGAAUCCGUCGGAGCUCAUUAUUUUCUUGACUUCAUCGAUGCGCGUGCCUCCAUUUCUUUACCCGUCGAACCCUGGGUCUUCUGGCUUGUGAUUGACAGACCAUCGGAUAUGGAGUCUUCUCAUUUUGACAUUGCUGUUAUGGGGACGUAUCUUGAUACAAAAUUACCGUCAUGCGUGUCCGCUCAACUAGACGAUGUGGUGUCGAGAUUACCGCCAUGGAUUUCGCUCAGCUCAGGCUGCGCGUCCUACGAUCACUAUCGAGUUGGGUUGAGUUGA